GUUGCUGCCCGCAAGAACCAUAUUCGAAGUCGCGAUGCCCUAGGAUGUGCAGUUGGUUCCGAGUGGGGCCAAAAAAUAAAAACAGCGACAUCAACAGCGUAUAUUGUUCAAGCUCGCAAGCCCGCUAACACUUGAAAGCUGGCAACAAGAUUAUCCCUAUGUAUCAACUUUCAGUGAGCAGGGACGAAGGAGAAAAGUACUGUAAUGCGUCGACUGGAAGUUGACGUUCUUGACUGUUGUGCCACUUCCAUGAUUUCCUUGUGCACAACAACAUGUUACGGCGGCUGUGUGACAGCGACAGCGAUCGCGAGAGUUGAAAAUUUUUUCGCUGACGCGAUAAACAACUCCCAGGUCAGGCUAGCGAGUCGCUCUCGACUUCCCAUCUCCUUAGCAACCAGGAUUUCUUUUGGAGUGGUUCACUGCCACUGGCCCAGGCUCAUCAGUACUAGUCUUCAGGCUCAGGCGAUACUGAGUGGCCCUUCAGGGGCGCAAGCAGUCUAUUUAUUCCGAGUUACCGUUCAACCGUCGCGCAGUGGGGGGCCUCCACCUUUGUCCCUCUGUGCCUCCCCCUACGUUCCAUUAUGUCGCAUCCCCCCCGACAGAUCAUCCCCCAGGUCUGGCACCCCUCUUGUCCUUCUAGUGGAGUAUUCGACGCUAGGACGUUUUUCGAUCACCCACCUUUCGAAGCUGCGGGAGAGUGGACGAUGGCCAGGGUGGACCUAGUACGUCAACGCUUACGGGUGCCAGACCAAAUUUAGGGAACGAGUCGCUAUUUCCUAAUGCCUCAGAAACGCCGACCCGCUUCUGAGGUC